AUUUUAAUCACCUGCUUCAGUGAACGUUACUCACCGGAGCUCUGUGAUUGGUCAGCGGGCGACUUUCAAACCCCGCCCCCCUCCGACUGCCACCGCAACUCGGCGGAGUCAGCAACCAGCUCAGGCAGCGGCCAGUUUUCGGGCAAACUAUCAAUCCAAGGCUCAGGAAAGCCCGAAAAUGAGUCACUUUAAGGAGCGCUUCGUGACUCUGCUCCAUGAGAAGAACUUUGUAACUGAUCAGUUGGCAACGCUGGAACAAAAAACGGGAGUGAAGAGGGAGUAUAUCGCUUUGGGUGUGUUGAGUUUUAUUGGACUGUAUCUUCUCUUUGGAUAUGGAGCCUCACUGCUCUGCAACCUGAUUGGCUUCAUCUAUCCAGCAUAUUUCUCCAUUAAGGCCAUUGAGAGCACUGCUAAGGAGGAUGACACACAGUGGCUGACCUACUGGGUUGUUUAUGGCCUCUUUAACAUCAUUGAGGCCUUCUCUGACAUCUUCCUUUUCUGGUUCCCCUUUUACUAUGCUAGCAAGUGUUUGUUCCUGAUAUGGUGUAUGGCCCCGGUGACGUGGAACGGUUCUGACAUCUUGUACAAGCGUGUGAUCCGGCCAUUUUUCUUGAAACACCAGGCUGCCAUGGACAAUGUGGUCAGCGACCUGACUGCCAAGGCUAAGAACAUCACUGAGACCGUCACAAAGGAGGGUGAGAUACCCACAAUAGUAAUCUGUUAACCGGGCCCUCAACCACGACAAGGACCAGUGAGAAACAUGAGAAGGCUUUGUGUGUGUGUGUGGGUCUGUGUGUUUGAGUAGUAGAGUGAGUGAGGAAGUGCAUGGGUGUGUUUGUCAUUUCGCUUUCGGUUUGUCCUCCCCCCUCCGUGACGAAUGCUGAUGAUCGACCUCCCUAUCGCGUGGUGAACUGAAGCUUCACACACCUGAAAUCAAAUAACAACUUGUUUGUGCAUCCACGUCUCUUUACUGCCAUCGGUACUGCUAAGACAAUCGGUGAAACUGUGACCUUUUUAUUAGAUAUUUAUGCAACAAGAUAGGUAGCAAAAAUGAUGAUUGUGUACCUGCAGGUUUCAGCAACACCGGCGGUGUAGUCAAUAUUACGUCUAAUUGAGUCAUUUGUGACAGAAAACUGAGGCUGUUGCCAAUACGGUUAUAAAUAGAAGUUGCUUUAAAAUGUGUCCUUUAAACAGCAUUUUCUAUUAUGAAUCAAAACUGAAACUUUUACAUGUCAUUAGUGUCUACAUUGCUCUUACAAGCCUUAUUGCAUGUGCCGAGCUGUUUGUGCAACUGAGAAGGUUCUCUCUCUUUGUUUAACUGGACAACUUCUGUCUUUUGAUAUGUCUUAAUUUAUCAUCUCAUAAUGAUGAAAUAGUAAAAUCUGGAAUCCUGGUGAACUGGAAA